AUGAAUCCCAAUCAUCAAGGUCCAACAAAAUUUCUUCUAAAUACGAGCAACAUCGAAGUGAAGUUACUUAGUAAAACUAAUAAACACUGGUUUUGUGGAGGUCCAAGAAGUAUGGCAGCAGCUGUAAACUUACUCCUAAACGGAGAAGUCAUAGCUCUGCCUACCGAUACAAUAUAUGGCUUUGCUGCACUAGCUCAAAACCAGGAUGCCAUAGAGAAACUGUAUAAGAUAAAAAAACGCGACGAAAGUAAGCCUUUGGCAAUAUGUGUAUACAGUAUCAAAGAUGUUCAUAAUUGGGGAGUAGUAGAUACUCUGCCGACACGUUUCCUAGAGGAUCUUUUACCUGGACCUGUUACAGUUGUAUUAAAACGAACAGCCAAUUUGAAUCCUGGUUUAAACCCAGGUAUCGACAAUGUCGGCAUUAGAGUCCCAAAUUCGAAGUUUAUAAGGAAUGUUGUAAAAAUGAUUAAUCAGCCUUUGGCUUUGACUAGUGCGAACGAGAGUAAUAAGCCGAGCUCGUUGCAUCCUAAAGAGUUUGAGGAACUAUGGCCACAGUUAGGAGGAAUCUUUUAUCCAAUACAAGACGAACAUGUUAAAAGAGAUAGUAAGAGAGUAGGGUCAACGGUCGUAGACUUAUCCAUAUAUGGAAAAUUUAAAAUACUGCGUCCGGGCGUUGCACACAAAUCUGUGGUGGGUGCUUUAAAAAAUCGUCAAUGGGUCCAGGAAGAAGAUUCGCAGUAA